UUUUACGAUGAAACAACAAAAAUAUAUUUAUAUUUAAAGAUGUUCAAGGUACUAAUGGGGGCCGAUCGUUAUUUUUAUUUUACACGGUGAAAGCUGGAUUAUAUUUCUUUUAAUUUUUACUACGUUGCUGCUUCAGAAGGCCGUUGAAUGUGUGUUUAAUCAAAAGAGAUCGCAAUACUCACGGCUAGAAGUAGCGUAUUUUAUACAUGCAUCCAAUGUUGUUUUGGUUGUAAAAAUUGAUAAAUGAUGGCAUUGGAACUAACAAGUUGGUUCAUAAACAAGUUUUAACUCUUCGAGUAUUUGAUAUACGCAUUUAUCAUCAAACUCUUUGACGAUGGCAAGUUUAGAUGAGUGUGAAAACUUAGAUAGUAUCGUCUCGUCGUGGGAACGUCCUCAAGUGGGACAGCACGGUGAAAGACAGCAUGAAAAUAAGCAAGAUGAUGAAAGAUUGGAAAAGGUGAAAUCAAGCUCCUCAAUUAUCCGGCAUGGUGAGACAAAACGAAAGAAGUCUCUGGUGAAUUUCACUGUUCAAAAUAUUUUCUGGGGGCUACCCCUUGAGGAGAGAACCAUUGGAGCAAAAUUUCAUCUGAGUUACAAGUUUGUAAAGACAGAAUGCAAAAUUGUGAGAAAUAUUUUGCAUCAACAUUGCUUCCAGGAGGUGCAUCAAAAUAGUUCAGAUUUCAACCUAAUGUGGACAGGUUCACAUCUUAAGCCUCACACACUACAUGGACUACGGGAAUUCCAGAAAGUGAAUCACUUUCCCAGAUCAUAUGAAUUGACGCGGAAGGAUAGGCUGUAUCAAAACAUCCAAAAGAUGCAAAGCAGCAAGGGAUUCAGACACUUUGAUUUCAUUCCUGAAGCAUAUGUCAGCCCUGGGGAGUACAACCAGUUCUGUGCAUCUUUUGCAAAACAAAGAGGUCUGUGGAUUGUGAAGCCAGUUGCUUCCUCGCGAGGUCGUGGCAUAUUUCUCAUUAACCAUCCAAGUCAAAUUCCUCUGGAUGAUACUUUGUUGGUUUCAAAAUAUAUCUCAAAUCCGUUGCUUGUUGAUGGCUUCAAGUUUGACCUGCGUUUAUAUAUUGGUGUGACCUCGUUCGAUCCUUUAAGAAUCUACCUCUACGAAGAAGGCUUAACCAGGUUUGCGACAGUGAAAUACGAUAAGAGUAAUCGUAACAUCAAAAAUUCAUGCAUGCAUUUGACAAACUACAGUGUGAACAAAAAGAAUGAUGAUUAUGUUAGUUGCAGCGAUCCUGAAGUGGAAGAUUACGGUAACAAAUGGAGUUUUGGAGCUUUAUUGAGAUUUCUGAAAGCUAAAGGCAUUGAUACAUCAAAUCUUGUUUCAAAGAUUGAAGAUUUGAUCAUAAAGACAAUGAUUAGUGGUGAAAUAGCCAUUGCAACAGCCUGUAAAAUGUUUGUGCCCCAUCAUGGGAAUUGCUUUGAAAUCUAUGGCUUUGAUGUCCUGAUUGAUGAUAAUUUGAAACCCUGGUUGAUGGAAGUCAAUCUGUCACCUUCAAUGGCAUGUGAUUCGCCGAUGGAUUUGAAAAUUAAAUCUAAUCUUUUGACGGAUAUGUUCAAUUUAACAGGCAUCCUUGCUCAUGACCCGUUAUUGAAGAGGGUUCCCAACAGACAGAAUGUUGGAACUCAUGGUCGAAACCAAUUCCAGAGACAGAGAUGUCAGUCAGCUGGUUUGAUAUCAACCCGUGCUCUAUCGAGCAGUUCUAGUAAUUUAUCAAACAGCAAAAACAAACAGAUUAUACAGAACAGCGAACGUGGUCUAACCACGGAGGAACUGCGUGUCAUCAGAGAGACGAAAGAAGAGUACAAGAGACGCGGCCAUUUUGUGCGGAUAUUUCCCUCACCGACAUCACGAGAGUGCUACGGCUCGUAUCUGGAGUACAGAACAACGAAUAAUAGAAUGCUGUUUGCAAGACUCUUUCUUGACAAGUCUACACCAACCAUCACGUACGAUGAGAACAAUGUCCCAAUCGUGGCAAGUCUGUAUACCCACGGUCAAACACUAAAUGAACGAAUGAUCUGUUACGAACGUCAGUUACCUUCAUUGGAGACAACUCGACAGCAACCACAGGUUUUAAAGCGAUCGGAAAGUGUCGUCAAUGCCGAUGAUAAAUUCUCCCACCAUAAAGAAUCGUUAGCCCAAGGUGAAUUAGAAGACCGUCACACGGAAGUUGUGUUUACAAAUGAAAAGGGGAGCUUUCCAAUCGCCCAGGAUGCUGAUGUCACCAAUCAUAGAAUUGUUCACAUGGAUGAAGUUAUCAACUUGGCGGGAAAUUUGAACAAACUGCAAGCUCGCAAAGCUUUCGCUAUGUAUUUACGUCGAGUCAAGGAAAGAUUGUUGGUGGAAGUGAGUUCUGCGUGUGAAGACUCUGACGAUGAUGAAGACAAGGACAAACAAGACGAUCAAAUGAAUUUGGUGAUCCGGUUCUUAAAACGAGCGGCUAAAAAUCUUCGUCAGGAGUUCAAAGUUAUUAUCCCAAGUCAUAAACUACCACAGCACGACAGGCGACGAAUGUUGGCACAGCAACUGGGAGACUUCGUUCAUAUUUAUGACAAGGAAACAGCUCAAAUGAAAAAUACUCCAGAAAUCAGCGACACUGAUACAAUUUCUGAUGAGGAUUUCAAAACAUUUUUGAACUUAGCGAGCGAGAACGACUUGGAGGAACUAUUGACUCGUUACACCAGGCUAAGUAAUAAUGCCAGCAUAUUUCUUGGAAGCUCACCAAGCCAGCCAGCUAGCAGCCAAUGGAAAGCGACUAAACCACCUUUACAACGUCAAACUGAAACGAGGAAACAUUUGAGAAGUCACAGUGCUCACGCACUCUCAACCCAGGAUGAUGGAAACAAACGCAAAGCAGAGCAGUCCAGGACACAAUCAGCGAUAUCAGAUCAGAACCGAAGACUGGCUGGUGCAAUUGCUGCUUAUGGAAAAUCGUUGGACGUAAAUAAGACACGAAAGCGUCCCGCUUCUGCCAAUGUUUCCACUGAACGAAAGCGGAUGUCCAGUGCUUCCUUCAAUCGUCCCAUAUCAGCCAAGAAUACCGGAGCUGUUGCCCAUGAGAGAAUAGCUAGAGAGAAGUCUGUUUCUGAGGCUUUGAAGCAACUGGCAAAACGACGAGCAAUUCGUCAGUACAGCGCCCGACCCCCGGUGAAAAUUGAAACCAACAAGUGGAUGCAUCCCGUCGAAAAUACGGAUAAUUCUGCUGAUAGUAGCGACAAUCUGAUGAUUAAUAGGGUACCUUCAAGUACAGAUAGGGUCCCUAUGAGGACAAGUAAGGUCGCUGCUAGACCUAUACGUACAUCAGUUGAUAACAGCGAAGAUGGAUGGAUGGUUAAUGAAGGCUAUAUAGGUAUAAAUCUUGAUGAUGAUAAAGUGACUGGUUGGACAAGUGAUGUACACAAGGGUACACAAGGUGAUAGAAGAACUGCCAAUGCCGACCGGGGGUUUUUCACUUCAGCUCACAACGAACUCCAAGUCAGUUCAAAGCCAACACAUUCCAGGGAAAUCGUAGAGACUAAACGUUCCGAGGAAAAACUCCAGGAGACCUAUUCGGAUAACAGGGGACAUCCUAUGGAUAAACAAGGUUCUUCUGUGAAGAAAAAUAUUCCCUCCAGGGUGAUAAGGAUCCCCUGUGGUGACGAGGAUACAGAUGUUGCCAAAACAGGUGACACUAUGGAUAAAUUAGGAUCGGCAAGAGAGGACUACAACAAACACAUGCAAAUGUUGAUUGAAAGACUGGCGGCUCAUAAGUUCAGCAAACCAAAUAUGGAGGCAGUCAUUCCCAAGCCUCCAGCCAGACCGCGGUCUGCAAAACGACCAGUCAGUGCUCAGCGAAUGUCAAGAAUAACAACAAGUCAUGGCAGUUUGAUCUAGUUAAGGAUAAAAAUAGAGUUGCUUCACGAAUGGUCGCUAGAGAUAAUUUGCAAGAGCCUCAUCAAAUACUUUUGUUCACGAGACGUUUUUGUAGAAUAGAUAAUAUACGCUAUAAAAGGGAGCCCACGAUAAACCGAGAAAGGGUUUUUAUAUAUUUUAUUGUAAAUUUAGCAGUAUUUAUAGAAUUAUAGAUUACAAAUACACAUUAUUAAAACGCCUGUUA